GAAUUUAUUGUAACACUGGGACUGAAAUACACACAAAUCAUAAUUACAGCCUGGGAUUUUUUAUUUUUUUUUAUUAGAAAAAGUGUUAAUCUACUGCCUCACUGAGUGAAAAAGAGCAAAGAAUGAUCUUGCUCUUCAUCACGUUUUUUGGUCUCGUUCAUUCUGUACUGGGAGAUUGUGAAACAGGAUGGAGGGAGUACGAGGACAGGUGUUACUAUUUCUCCACUGAUACAAAGACAUGGCAUGAGGCUCUGGACGAGUGUCUGAGAAAAGGAAGUCAUCUGAUGAGCAUCAUGAACCUUCAUGAGAGGACGUGGGUCAGUUCACAGCUCGGCCACAAUAUAUUCUGGAUCGGCCUGAACGAUAUCGCCUCUGAGGGGAACUGGGAGUGGAGCGAUGGCAACAUUUAUUAUCCAUACUUGGAGUACUGGAGACCGGGACAGCCAGAUAACUAUAAUGACAACGAGGACUGUGGACAAGUGGAGGGGAACAGCAAUGGCCGCUGGAACGAUGAGCACUGCACAGCAUCACGGCAGUACAUCUGCAAACGAGACAACCCAAAUCCUCCUGUGUUGUGUGACAUGGCAAAUCAAUGGGAACAAUUUGGUUCUAACUGCUACAAACUACACCACACACUGAGGAAGAGCUGGAUCUCUGCCCGGAGUGAGUGUUUGAAGGAGGGAGCUGACUUAGUGUCCAUCGAAUCAGCAGAAGAGGAGCAGUACGUCUUAGGUCUGGAUCCGUCCACGUAUGACCUGUGGCUCGGCUACUCCACCCUGAAAUGCACCUCAAUAUCCUGUCAAGUUCAGCCAAACAGCACCACGUUCAGUUGGUCUGAUGCAGCUACCUUCAGCUACACACACUGGGCUCAAGAGCAGCCUGAUCUCACCGAUAAGCAGAACGGCCUGUGCGCUGGUCUCAUCAAGUCAGGAGAUGUUUACGGGAAGUGGAGGACUCACCUGUGUCGCUCUGAACAUCCAUACGCAUGCAAGAAGGCUUUAAACACCAUUUGCCCGCUCGGCUGGAUGAGCUUUAAAGGGAGCUGCUAUUUGGUGGUGUCCAACAGCCAUCUGAUGACCAGCUGGCACGAGGCUCUGACCAGAUGCAGCAGCAUGGAAGCCAACCUUCUGACCAUCAAAAAUGAAGAGGAGCAAUACUUCAUCAACGCUAUGCUUCCCGACCUCCACCAGGUCGACAUUCCAAACGUCUGGCUCGGAGUUUCAGAUAUGGACCAGGACGGCACAUUUCGAUGGGUGGAUAAGACAAAUAUCGAGUUUUCCAACUGGAGCCCUAAUUUCCCGAGGAACACAGAUAAGUUGUGGGACUGUGGACAGAUUUACACAGGGAAUUAUGCUGGGAAAUGGGAGACAGCAAACUGCUUUAAGGUCCAGGCGUACAUCUGUAAGCUGUUGGGGGGUCAGAACGUGAAACCUACAGCUGCUCCGGAAUUUCACUGUGAUCAGGGAUAUCUUCUCUACGGGGAUUAUUGCUAUCACUUUGAGAGUGAAUCGGUUAAAACGUGGCAGGACGCUGAAAACUAUUGUGUCUCCCAGAACGGACACCUGGCGAGCAUCCACAACCAGGAGACAGUCAGCUUCAUAACAGCUCACAUUACCAGAGCUUCCUGGAUCGGACUUAAUGACAUCCAGCAAGAGGGGAACUUUAAAUGGUCUGACGGAACGCCUUCCGAGUUCUUGCCGUGGGGUGAGGGACAGCCGGAUAACUGGAACGACGAGGACUGUGUGCAAAUCCGUGGCACGGAGCACUUCGAGACAGGAAAAUUCAACGAUAUACAGUGCUCUAACACCUACCCGUUCAUCUGCCAGAAAGGUAAAGGUGUUGGUCCUCCACCAGUUCCACCCACCUCCGGACCAGGUUGGAAUGAGAAGUGUGGUUCGUGGAUUCCUGACCCCUUUAAUGAUUACUGCUAUCACAUUAUUCCAUUCUCCCUGCGAAAGUGGGCUGAGGCUCGUGCUGACUGUGUGUAUCAGGGAGGUGACCUUGCCAGCAUCACUGAGCCCUUUGAGCAGGGCUUCAUUCAGGCUCAAAUCCAGUCGAUUCCCUCGGGCGUGUCUCUGUGGAUCGGAGCUCACGACUCUGUCACAGAGGGAGGAUGGGAGUGGAUGGACAGAUCUCCCUUCCGUUAUAUUAACUGGUCUCCAGGGAACCCGGAUGAUUACGACGGUGAGGACUGCCUCUCCAUCUACAUCAACAGCGGCCUGUGGAACGACGACAACUGCGAUCAUCGCCGAGGCUACAUCUGCAAACGCCGCGGAAAUACACCAGAUCCUCCACCACCUCAUGACGGCUACCUGACAGCGUACACAUGUGAAGGCUCCUCCAUGGUGCUCCACUGUCCCAUAGACAGCGUCAUCAACAUCCAGUCUGCUUUCUACGGCCGCCGCAGUGACAAAAUCUGUCCCUACACGGAAGGGAGCCAAGGUAAUUGCGAGGUCCCGGGGACGUACGAACGUGUCAGGAAACAGUGUGACAACCAUCAGUUCUGCUUCUUCUUUGCAUACGUGGAUAACGACCCGUGUCCGUCCAUUUCUAAAUACCUGGAGGUGGUGUACAGCUGUGAGCAGAACGUGUGUGUGAGAGGUCUAGGAGUUGAAGAUGGCAACAUUACAGACUCGAUGCUCUCUGCUUCCUCAUCGAUGGCUGGACAAGAACCCGCAAAAGCUCGACUCAAUGGAAACUCCUGCUGGAUGCCUUCCAGCACCGGUACUUCCUGGAUCCAGGUGAACCUACCUAAGUUGAGGAAGAUCACGGGGGUGGUGAUCCAGGGCUGCCCUGCUAAUGAUCACUGGGUGACCAUGUUUAAAGUCCAGACCAGCUUGGACGGAUUCUCCUGGAUCGACUACGCCGUCGACGGAAAGGUAGAAGAGUUCUUUGGUACAGUGGACAGAAGUUCUCCUGUUACUCAGCUGUUCGGGAACCCCGUGUCUGUGAAGUACAUACGGAUCGUCCCAUCAGAGUGGCACAACCAGGCCGGUCUACGGUUUGAAAUCCUCGGCUGCACACCGGACUAUGCCAUUAAUUGUGGAACAAAACCCGACUUGGACCACUCUGUAGACAGACUGACAGUCCACUGCCCUGCUGGUUGUGCGAAUGGAGACUAUAGUGUGUUUGGAACCAUUACUUACCGAGGGGACUCUACGAUCUGCGCAGCUGCGAUUCACGCCGGUGUGAUUCUCAACGAGAUGGGAGGAGACUGCACCGUCCUUAAAGCUCCAGGACAGAACUUCUACAGUGGCUCCAGCAGGAACGGCAUCACCUCCAAGCAAUACAGUGGAACUUACUCUGUGUCCUACCAGUUUGCUGAUGGAGAACUCAGAUGUUCAGGAAACGACUGGUACGAAUUUGGCGAGUUCUGCUACAAACCCUUCCUGGAGAAGAAGACAUGGCACGAGGCUCAGUCUGCAUGCAGGAGGCACGGCGCUGAGCUCGUCUCUAUCAUGUCCCUGACGGAGCAGAGCUGGAUUGAGAGCUACCUCUACAUGGCCACCAGUGAUGUCUGGAUCGGACUGAAUGAUCUGGAGUUCUCAGGAUACUUCACCUGGUCAGACAGACACGAGGUGAAGUUCACGUACUGGGCUCCCGGAGAACCCAACAACCAUCUGGGCUUUAAGGAGGACUGCGUGGAGAUGUACCAUCAGACGGGUCGAUGGAACGAUGUAACCUGCACUGAACUGAACACCUACAUCUGUAAAACGCCUAAAGGCCAUUACCCUCUGCCCUCCAUUAAACCCACUGUGUACGGCUGCCUUCAGGGCUGGGAUGCUUUUGAGUACUCUUGUUACUGGUUUGAGGAGACAGCCAUGACCCGUGCUGAGGCCAAGGCUUUUUGUGAGAGUAAAAGCAGCACUCUCCUUCACAUAAUGGAUGUGUACGAGCAGGCCCACUUCACCGCAUUUCUAAGCGCUUACUCGGGUACCUGGUGGAUUGGUCUGAGAGCGAAGGGUGAAUUAGGAGGAGUGGAUUAUCAGUGGGAUAAUGGAGCGUCACUCCUCUACACCCACUGGGACAGAGACUAUCCUGAUGAUAGCAAAGGCGACUGUGUCACCAUGACGACGAAGCCUAUUGCAGGUUUAUGGAGAAACCAGAACUGUGACCACUCGCAUCCAUUCGUCUGCGAAUCGCCUAGAAAUGGCAUCUCCCCGUCCACUCAUGCACCGACUCCGCCCCCCGCCGCUGGGUGUGCUGAUGGCUGGUCCAGCAAGCCACACUUCAGGCAGUGCUACAGGCUCUUCACGGUGGAUUAUUCCAAAAAGAAAAGCUGGACAACAGCUCGAGACGACUGUUUGUCCCGCGGAGCCAACCUCAUCAGCAUCCAUAACGUGGAGGAGGAGAUCUUCAUAGCCGCCUACACCAAAGGGAAGACGCAGUGGAUUGGUUUGACCCAAGACCCCACGAGCGGAGGUUAUCACUGGAGCGACGGUUCACCUGUCACUCACACUAACUGGGGCGACGGUGAGCCGAAUGACCACGGAGGUCGGGAGAAUUGCGUGGAGUUGGUUACCACGACGAACGGCACGUCCUUCUGGAACGACCUCACCUGUGACGCCCAUCUGGAUUGGGUGUGCAUGAUUGCCAAGGGCAAGCCACCCAUCAUCCCCCCAGUGCCUCCUCCACCUAUACCAGCCCCUGACUGUGGAGACAAUCCCGGCUGGAGGAAGAACAACGGCAUCUGUUAUUACUACAACGACACGGAUGUGGUGGACUUCCACACCGCCUUGGCCAGGUGCUACGCUGAGAAAGCACAGCUCGUCUCCAUCCUGGACCAGCAGGAGCAGACGUUUGUGGUGUCCAUGGUAGGAACAGGAAAGAUUGCCGCAGCGUGGAUUGGGUUGCGGAUGUUCGGAGUCGUAGAAGGAGAGUACUUGUGGGUGGACGGGUCUCCGGUGACAUACGUGCACUGGGCACCAGGAGAGCCCAAUAACGCUGACGGAGAGGAACAGUGUGUGCAGAUGCAGAGAUAUCCAGGCACAUGGAACGACGUGAACUGCGGCCGGGACAUCGCAGGCUACGUGUGUAAGAAACUGCCAGGAGAUCAUCACACUCCCCCGCCUCCUACCCCCGCGUGGGACGGGAACUGCCCUUCUGGGUGGCUGCGUUUCCAUAACAAGUGCUACAUUAUCAGAGGGAGGUAUACACACAAUGAGGAAAAAGCCAACUGGACUUACGCGCGAGACUGGUGCAAAGAACACGAAGGACACCUUGUCGUCAUCGACGACAUCAACGAGAACGAAUUCGUGGCUAGUUAUCUGAGAGACGUGAGCCACGCGGCAUGGAUCGGUCUGUCUGAUCGGCUUCAUGAGGGGAAAUUUGCUUGGAGUGAUGGAGUGAGUCCCGUCCUGUUCACCAACUGGGCUGAUAAAGAACCCAACAACAAUGAAGGCGAGGAGCACUGUGCGUCCAUGGCUCAUAACCACCGGGUGACGGGUCGCUGGAAUGACGAGAAGUGUGACGAGAAAAGAAGCUGGGUGUGCUACAGAAAGAAAUGUGAGGGGUUUUUUGUUGUUGUUUUGUUUUCAAAUGUAUUUUCUUAUCUGCUUAAUUUUUUUUACUUUAUUGAGUAUUAUUUUUGCUCAUAUUGUGGUUCCACAGCCAGCAGUCUUCCUCCUCCUCCUCCCACGAGCAGUCCCUGUCACUCAGACUACAUCUCCUGGUAUAAGAACUGCUAUAAGCUGGUGUCGGAGCCGAAGCCGUGGGACGAGGCACAGGCCGCUUGUGAGAAGGAGGGAGGAAACCUGGCCAGCGUGGAUAUGAGCUAUGACCAGGCCUUCAUCUCAGCAGCGCUGCAGCAGAAUAAAGAGGACACAUGGAUCGGGCUCAGACGCAAAGAGGACGACAACACGUACCGGUGGUCUGACGGCUGGCCGGUGUUCUACACACACUGGGGUCCGGGAGAGCCAACCAAUCACAAAGAAGAGGGCUGUGUGAGCAUGCACGGCCGUUCCCACUUCAUCCAGGGCACGUGGAACGACACGGAUUGCAAAGCCGCUAAGCCGUACCUCUGCAAAAUCUCACAUGAGUCACCUCCUCCAACCCCGCCUCCAGGGGACGGUGAGUGUUUGCCGUUCUGGCACGCGUACGGAAGUUACUGCUACAUCGUGUUCAAUGACAAGCAGGGCCGCUCCUGGCCCGAGGCGCGACACCUCUGCCAGGAGAUCCCAGGGAGCGACUUGGCGUCGGUACACAGCAGAGCCGAGGUGGAGUUCCUCACCAAAACCAACAACACCGGAAUCCAUCACUUAUGGCUCGGCCUCUCCAGGGACGCCUCAUACGGCUGGGCCUGGACGGAUCUGAGCGCGCUGGGUUUCACCAACUGGGCUCAGGGCGAACCGAACGGUGGGGGACACGCCGGGACUCGAGAGGACUGCGUGGAAAUGUACAAGGACGGGAAAUGGAACGACAACAGCUGCUUGGAGAAGAGAGGCUUCGUCUGCAAACGCCACCAGCAUUAUUCCACAGGAACUCAUGAAAAAACCAGUGCUACCGUUUCUCCAACCCUUCCAGAUCCAGCAGGAGCCAUCACCGGGGCUGUAAUCGGAGCUGUGCUGGCCGUGGCGGUCGUCGUGGCCGUGUUAUACUACAUCUUCAAGGUGAAAGGAGUGAAGCUGGGCAGUGUCAGUCUCCCGAGUAGCAGCAGAAAUCACGUCGACGUGCCCGCUUUCAACAACCCGAACUUCAGCGGCGAAUCAGACACAUGAAAUCGUGAAGUGGGCGUGGCUAAAAGUUGUACAGAAAGCCGCUAAACCUCAGAGAAGUUCGACACGUAAUCAAAUCGUAAUCUAUGUGUUUUAGCUUUUUUUUUUUUUUUUGGAGUUCAAAUGUUUUUAUAAGGUAAUUUUUUUUAGAUUAUAUCAAAGCUAGAGAGAAAAGGUAGAAAAAAAGUUAAAUGUUAAAAAUUGAAAUGUUGCUUGUAUGUACAUUUAAAUAUACUUGAAAUAAAAAACAAAGAACAAGUA